UCCGCCGGCAGCAGUCGGGCCUGACACCCGCGCCCGGCGGCGGGGCCUGGGCUGGGCGGGGGGCGGAAGGGAGAGAGGGGAGGAAGGGGGAAAAAAAAAAAAGCAAAAAAAAAGCAAAAAAAAAAAGCAGCACCACCACAAGAGCCGACCCCCCCGGCGGGUCACAUGACGUGACCGGAUCUUGCCCGCUCCCCGCCGCGCAACAAAGAACCGGGAGCCCCGCGCCGCGAUGGCACCGUGAGCGGCGGCCCCGCCAGGAUUCUGCCCAUUGAUGAUUAAAACAUCGCCUGGAGUUUGGGAAUGGAUCAGAUGCGUCAGUCAAAUGCUACCACAUUGCACCCAAAGAGAGGAAUGCCAUCCAUCUGGGGGAGGGCUUUCGAGCUGUUGCUCUGCUGCUGAACAGCAUGCAGUCCUUUCGGGAGCAAAGUAGUUACCACGGAAACCAGCAGAGCUACCCGCAGGAAGUGCACGGAUCGUCCCGACUGGAGGAGUUCAGCCCGCGCCAGCAGGCCCAGAUGUUCCAGAGCUUCGGAGGAGGUACUGGCAGUGGACGUCGCGGAGCAGCAGGAGCCUCUACAGCGAUGCCUGGUGAGAGCUCUGGCCAUCAGAGCUACCAAGGUUUCAGAAAAGAAGCAGGAGAGUUUUACUAUAUGGCUACCAACAAAGAUCCAGUGGCGUCAGGAGGGCAGCAGCCGCCUCAGCGCAGGCCUUCUGGACCGGUACAGAGCUAUGGGCCCCCUCAAGGGAGUAGCUUUGGGAGUCAGUAUGGGAGUGAGGGACACGUGGGCCAAUUUCAAACGCAGCAUUCGACCCUUGGGGGCGUAUCCCACUAUCAGCAGGAUUAUACUGGUCCUUUCUCUCCAGGGAGUGCUCAGUAUCAGCAGCAGGCUUCUAGCCAGCAGCAGCAGGUACAACAGCUGAGACAGCAGAUCUAUCAGUCUCAUCAGCCUUUACCCCAGGCUUCCAGCCAGUCUGCUUCUAGCACCUCGCACUUGCAGCCAAUGCAGCGUCCAUCCACCCUGCCUUCCUCUGCUUCUGGGUACCAGUUACGAGUGGGUCAGUACAGCCAACACUAUCAGCCACCUUCGUCGUCCUCGUCCUCCUCUUUCCCCUCCCCACAGCGUUUUGGCCAGUCAGGACAGAAUUAUGAUGGAAGCUACAGCGUGAAUUCUGGGUCACAGUAUGAAGGCCAUGCCGUGGGUUCCAAUGCACAGGCAUAUGGGUCCCAGUCAAACUACAGCUUUCAGACUCAACCGAUGAAAAGCUUUGAGCAGUCUAAGCUGCCCCAAAGUGGGCAGCAGGGGCAGCAGCAGCAGCACCCACCUCAGCAUGUAAUGCAGUAUUCAAAUGCUGCCUCCAAGCUCUCUCUUCAAAGUCAAGUGGGACAGUACAGCCAGACUGAAGUUCCUGUAAGGUCACCGAUGCAGUUUCACCAAAACUUCAGUCCAAUCUCUAAUCCAUCUCCUGCUGCAUCUGUGGUUCAGUCUCCAAGCUGCAGCUCCACCCCUUCUCCUCUCAUGCCAGGUGGAGAAAAUCUCCAGUGUGGGCAAGGCAACAUGUCCAUGGGUUCUAGAAACCGAAUCCUGCAGAUGAUGCCUCAGCUUAGUCCUACACCAUCUAUGAUGCCAAGUCCCAAUGCUCAUGCAGGGGGAUUCAAGGGGUUUGGGUUGGAAGGACUGCAGGAAAAAAGGCUCACAGAUCCAGGGCUGAGUAGCCUAAGUGCCCUAAGUUCUCAAGUGGCCAAUCUGCCCAACACAGUCCAGCACAUGUUGCUUUCAGAUGCCUUGGCACCUCAGAAAAAAAGUUCCAAAAGGUCAUCCUCUUCAAAGAAGGCUGACAGCUGCACAAACUCAGAAGGCUCUUCCCAGGCAGAGGAGCAGCUCAAGUCCCCCCUGGCAGAGUCCCUCGAUGGUGGCUGUUCCAGUAGUUCAGAGGAUCAUGGGGAAAGGGUGAGACAGCUGAGUGGCCAGAGCACAAGCUCAGACACUACCUACAAGGGGGGUAACUUAGAAAGAUCCAACUCCUCACCAGCACAAGGCUCUCAGAGUGAGCCCUCAAAACUCAGCACCAGCCCUGCAGCUAGGGAAGAUGUGGCCUCCCCUGAUGGGAAGGAAGCUGUAGUGGCAGUAGAAAAUGCCCCAAAAGUGAAUGAAAAGGCAGUUGGAGUGAUUGUCUCCCGGGAGGCUAUGGCAGGUAGAGUAGAAAAGGCAGGUGGACAAGAGAAACCUGCACAAGAUGAUGUUUCCACAGCCACUCAGACACCAGUUAGUGCUAGUGGAGUGAAGGAAGCUGGACAUGCAGGGCCACAGCCAGAAGCUCAAGGAGGUACUAAGGGGAGCAAAAGUGGAGAUAACACUAACCAUAAUGGAGAGGGGAACAGCCAGCCCAGCCAUGCAGUUGUUGGGUCAAAUUUUCCUGUGAGAACAGAACCUUCCAAAUCUCCUGGCAGUUUGAGAUACAGUUACAAAGAUAAUAUAGCAGCUGGCAUACAGAGAAAUAUUGGUGGCUUUCCACAGUAUCCUUCUGGUCAAGAAAAAGGGGAUUUUCCAGGACACAGUGAGCGCAAAGGCAGGAAUGAGAAGUUUCCUAGCCUUCUGCAGGAGGUUUUACAGGGUUACCACCAUCAUCCAGACAGAAGGUAUUCUAGGAAUGCGCAGGAACAUUCUGGGAUGGCUGGGAGUUUGGAGGGAGCCAUGAGGCCCAAUAUCUUAAUUAGUCAAGCCAAUGAAUUGACGAAUAGAGGCCUCUUAAACAAAAGUAUGGGGUCUCUCCUGGAAGGUCCUCACUGGGGUCCCUGGGAUAGGAAGUCUAGCAGCGCAGCCCCUGACAUGAAGCAGAUAAAUUUAGCUGAUUACCCUAUUGCUAGAAAGUUUGAGAUAGAGUCUCAGUCUUCUUCUCAUGAAGGGGGAGCACUCUCGGAGAGGAGAUCAGUGAUCUGUGACAUAUCUCCAUUAAGGCAGCUUGUCAGAGAUCCUGGUCCUCACCCAAUGGGGCACAUGGGUCCCGAGGGCAGAAGUGGAAGGAGUGAACGUCUUGCCCCUGGCUUAAGUCAGUCAGUAAUACUCCCUGGUGGCUUAGUAUCCAUGGAAACAAAGAUGAAAGCUCACAGUGGGCAAAUAAAAGAAGAAGAGUUUGAACAGUCAAAGAGCUCAGUUAGUCUUAAUAAUAAAAAGACAGGAGACCAUUGUCAUUCUGCUGGCAUCAAGCAUGAGUCUUUCCGAGGCAAUGCUAGCCCUGGAGCUGCAGUCUCCGAUUCUGCUCCAGACUACAUUCCCCAGCAGGAGAGCAGAUCAACACAGCUGAGACGAGCACCUGGCAGAACUGGAAGCAGCAGGGGUAAAUCACCUUCUCAAUUUCAGGAUCUUGCUGAUAAGCUGAAAAUGUCACCGGGCAGAAGCAGAGGCCCAGGAGCAGAUCUGCAUCACAUGAACCCACAUAUGACGCUAUCUGAAAGAGUUAACAGGGGUUCCUUGCAUUCUGGCUACCCUCAGAACUCAGAAGGCUCAUCUUUGGCUGCAGCAUAUCAUGCAAAUGCUAGGCCUCAUCCUUUUGGUGACCCCAACCAGAGUUUAAAUUCCCAGUAUCAUUACAAGAGACAGCUAUACCAGCAACAGCAAGAGGAAUACAAAGAUUGGGCAAGCAGCGCUGCUCAGGGUGUGAUUGCUGCGGCUCAGCACAGACAGGAAGGAGCCAGGAAGAGCCCAAGACAACAGCAGUUUUUGGACAGAGUAAGGAGUCCCUUGAAAAAUGACAAGGAUGGAAUGAUGUACCUUCAGGGUAGCUCUUACCACGAUACUGGAAGCCAGGAUCCUGGGCGCUGCAUUAUGGGAAGCGACAGUGCACAGGGCAAGUGUACUGACCUAAAACACAGUAACCAGAAGCUGCAGCCGCAUGAAUCUGGUUGGGACCUCUCUCGGCAGACUACACCUGCCAAAGGCAGUGGCGCUCUGGGAGCAGCCAGCCAAAAAAGGUUUUGCCCCCAAGAAAGCGAUGGGCACAGACGAGAGGAAUCUACGGAUUUGCCCAAGCCUAGCAAUGCCAUGCUCAGGCUCCCUGGCCACGAAGACCAGUCUCCUCAAAAUCCCUUAAUUAUGAGGAGGAGAGUCCGUUCUUUCAUCUCUCCUAUCCCUACCAAAAGACAGCCACAGGAUAUGAAGAACAGUGGCAGUGAAGAUAAAGGGCGAAUGAUGACAUCAGCAAAAGAAGGAGCUGAUAAAGCGUACAACUCUUAUGCCCAUUCAUCUCAAAGCCAAGAUGUUGGCAAACCAGUUGCAAAGGGAGAUUCCUUCAAGGACCUGCCAAGUCCUGAUGGUAGGAAUUGUCCUGCUGUUUCCCUCACAAGCCCGGCUAAGACCAAAAUAUUGCCCCCAAGAAAGGGGCGAGGAUUAAAACUGGAAGCAAUUGUUCAGAAAAUUACAUCUCCCAAUAUUCGGAGAAGUGUUUCCACCAACAGUGCUGAAACUGGUGCAGAUACUGUCACUCUUGAUGACAUCCUGUCCCUUAAGAGUGGACCUGAGGGAGGAAGUGUGUCUGCACAUGGGCUGGAGGCUGAGAAGAGAAAAGGAGAGAUGUUGUCAGAUCAAGCGGGGUCAGCAAGCCAGGACACAGCUGGUGAAAUAACUCUUGCGCGAUCCUCAGAAGAGUGGCAAGGCAGCGAGGAUGAUAAAACCAAAAAAGACACCCCUGAAACUGCCAGUGUUAGUAAAGAAGGGACGGGAACCAGCGCAGCACCACCUCCUCAGAAGUCCGGUGGUCAGGGGAGGUCUGAUGGAUCCGUAAGCGGAACUGGAACUCUGACCUUUCCAGACUCAAAAACAAUUUCUCCCUCCAGUGUGUUUACUUCUGAACCAAACCCAAAGCCUGAGGAAAAAGAUGGAGAUGUGACAAACAUUUCACCCAAGCCGGAUGGCUUCCCUCCAAAAGGAUAUUUUCCUUCUGGAAAGAAAAAGGGAAGACCAAUUGGGAGUGUGAACAAGCAAAAGAAGCAACAACAGCAGCAGCAACUGCCACCACCCCCACCGCCUCCACCUGUACCUUCUCAGUCUUCAGAGGGGGUCGCUGGGGGUGAGCCAAAACCUAAGAGGCAAAGGAGGGAGAGGCGAAAACCUGCAGCACAGCCACGGAAGCGGAAGCCUAGACGGGCCGCCCCGAUUGUGGAGCCUCAAGAGCCGGAGAUCAAGCUUAAAUAUGCUACCCAGGCUGUGGAUAAAACUGACUCCAAGAAUAAAUCCUUUUUCCCUUACAUUCACGUGGUAAACAAGUGUGAACUAGGAGCUGUGUGCACAAUCAUUAAUGCGGAGGAAGAGGAGCAGAACAAAUUGGUGAGGGGUCGGAAAGGACAGAGGUCUUCAACACCCCCUCCUAGCAACGCGGAGAGCAAAGUGCUGCCCACCUCAACUUUCAUGCUGCAGGGCCCUGUAGUAACAGAGUCUUCUGUCUUGGGGCAUCUGGUUUGCUGCCUGUGUGGCAAAUGGGCCAGCUAUCGUAACAUGGGUGACCUCUUUGGUCCUUUCUACCCCCAGGAUUACGCAGCCACCUUGCCCAAGAACCCACCUCCAAAGAGGGCCACAGAAAUGCAGAGCAAGGUCAAGGUACGGCACAAAAGUGCUUCUAAUGGUUCCAAGACAGAUACAGAGGAGGAGGAGGAACAGCAACAACAGAAGGAACAAAGAAGCCUAGCUGCUCAUCCCCGCUUUAAGAGGCGGCACCGCUCUGAGGACUGUAGUGGAGCCUCUCGGUCACUUUCAAGGGGAGCUUCUUGUAAAAAAGCAACCACUGAAGGUGGCAGUGGUGGUGAAAAGACUCCUUUGGACUCAAAGCCCUCUAUGCCCACUUCAGAAGGUGGCACUGAGCUGGAGUUACAAAUUCCUGAACUACCUCUUGACAGCAAUGAAUUUUGGGUCCAUGAGGGUUGUAUUCUCUGGGCCAAUGGGAUCUACCUGGUCUGUGGCAGGCUCUAUGGGCUGCAGGAAGCUGUGGAGAUUGCAAGAGAGAUGAAAUGUUCCCAUUGCCAGGAACCAGGAGCCACCUUAGGCUGCUACAACAAAGGCUGCUCCUUCCGAUACCAUUACCCAUGUGCCAUCGAUGCAGAUUGUUUACUAAACGAAGAGAAUUUCUCAGUGAGGUGCCCCAAGCACAAGCCCCUCCUUCCUUGCUCUCUUCCCUCCUUGCAGAACAAGAUGGUGAAAGGCAGCCUCAGCACAGAGCAGUCGGAGCGGGGGUGAGGGGGGAAGUGUACUCCUGGGAAUGGAAAUAAAAGCAAGCACAGGUUAGGCUGUUGAGAUAAAAAGCGGUGGACAUUCAUGACUGAAUGGAAUCUCUCCCACUGUGCAGCCAUGCCCCCUCUCGACGUGCCUGCCAAUGCCAGCACUUCCUUCAUCAAUUCUUACAUCACACUCAAGACCGAUGACAUCACAGAAUUUGACCAAGGAGUCUGAACCAGCUGUUUCCAUGGACACAAUCUCCAUAGUGACAGUGGGAAGGGGAGGGGGAAAAAGGAAACAGGUGGGGGGAACUAAAGAGGGAGGGAUAAAUAUAUAUAUAUAUAAAGAUCUAUUUUUUAGUCUUGAAAGACUUUGUUUUAAAUGAAAGGUGCGCUAUCCCUUUUGAUGCUUUUGAUUAAAAUUAACGAAAACCCAGAUAAAUUUAAAAAGAACAAAUUUGUAGCUGAAGUAAAUACUAGAUCCAAAAUCAGGCAAGGCUUAUGGAGCCUAACGUUUGGCAGGAAAGAACAGUGGUACUGGGAGCAGUCUGGACUGGAUUUGUCUCCCUUCCUCUUGCCUUCUUUCUUUCUCACAACAUCCAAGGAAGUCCAAUUUUAAAAGGAAAACAAAAUCACAGGAUAACUUGUUUGUAGGGUAUGGGAGGAAGGUUUGAACGGAUGCAGGUGGUGGGGCGUUUUUCCUUUGUGUGUGUGGGAUAGGGAGGUCAUAGUUUUAAGAAACACUGUGUCGAUAGUAGGAGCUUGAUAAACAUCUGAAGGCCCUUAGGUCACCUGGCUCACAAAGUAAGAGGAAACUGCCGUUUGCUUAGCUCAUGCACACAAGUGUACACUUCCUACAUGUGCUAACUACCUGUUGGAGAAAGGAGCAGCUGCCCUCUGCAGCACGCAGCCCAGGCUGUAGCCAGGAGCUGCCUUUGGCACUGGGGGCAGCGGGGAGGUGUGCUUUACCUGCCAGACUGGGGAGCUGGGAAGGAAGUCUGAAUGCUGGUGGAACCAGUGUGUUUUCAGAGUGGUCACAAAAUCCACUUAGCCCUUUUUUUGUUUUAUGUUUUGCUUUUCCAGGAGGAGGAAGAAGGAAUGUCAGUGCAACAGGCUACACGAUGUGGUUAUUUGUUGUGGGUUUCUUUGUAAAUUAUGUAACUGUAAACAUUUGGGUUUAAGAAACAUAAAACAAAAAAAAAAAAAAAAAAAACCCACAGUUUUUUUCUUAUUAAGGCCUUAAGAAAGGGGUUAGUGCAUCUUUCAGGGGUCACUCUGCCAUGGGAAUAAAAUAGCUGUUUCACAAACAGUUUUAUAUAAAAAAAGCUUAAAAAAAACACACAAAAAAAACUAAUAAACUUCAUUUUAACCUUA